AGGGUUUUGGACUACAUUUGUAUUUCCUUUCUCUACUAAAAUUAUCGGAAGUGUAUGUUGAGUAGAGGGACUUACUAGACAUUCACUUUGGCAAUGUUACAAUGAGAGGCAUAACUGACAAAGAAACUUGGCAAUGUGAGUGAAGAGGAAAAUUUGUUUGAAGCCACAUGGUACGUAGCCCUACAAAAUAUAUUAUGCCAAACAAAAACGAACGUAACUAAUGUGACAGGCGAUGACUAAGCCAAGUUAAUGAUUACUUCAGGCCUGCUUCAGCGUCUUCGUUGUUCACUUUCAAUAUUAGUUUGGCUAUAACUAACCUUGCCCGACCCGAUAUUCAUUUUCUGCAAUCCUCUUUACUUCUACGUGUAUAACAGUCGUCUUAAUAAAUAAAAAAAAGCAUCUAAAAUGGGAGAUUGUAAGUACAGCAUAAGUCCAUGUGGCCUCCUGAAAUUGUUGCAAAUGGCACUUCUCAUUGCUGGAUUUAUAACAACCUUACUUUUUAGCCUAGAAUACUGCAAUGUUGAUAACAGUGAGAAUAAUUCGACCGGAAACGGAACCCUUCUUCCCGCCAUCGAAAAGAAUGAGACUAAUGGUUUAUUCUGUCAGGAAGAAAUGUUUGCUGGAUGGAUAGCGUUUAUGGUUUUGUCUUUUGUUAUCUUUAUCUUGGAUCUCAUCAUCUUCAUUGUUCAUCUCUUUAUUCCGGGAUGGAUGAAGUUGAUAAGCUCAAAAAUAGCAGCGAUGGAGUUGGUAUAUUGUAUCUUCGCUGCGAUCGUGACAGCAGCGGCUUCGGCGACACUGGCGGCGCAGAAUGGCGGCGAGACGAAAUUAAUCGCCUCUGCUGUUAGUACCACUACUCUAUUAACGUCAAAAAUAUUCUCAAUAUUGGGUUCUCGGGUUUGUUGCAAUGCUUGCGAUGUUGGCUGAGUGUGUUUUCUUGUACAAGUUUUCCAAGAAAGGACCGUUGUAGGUCAGAUGAAUCCGUUUGUCCACCAAGCUCUACAAUGGUAUUAGUACCGCGACCGUAUGGCCGUAUCACACCGUCAUAGUUUUGUUAGGACUACAAAUAGUAUGAUAGCCUAUUAUUACAGUGUUUUGUUUUUAGGCGGGACACACUUAUUGUAAUUGUUAUGGUGGAUCCAAGGGGAGCAUACGCCCCUCUAAAUAUUUGAAAAAAAAAAAUUAAGAAAAGAAAUUAUAUUUGAAAUUUAAGACUGAGAUUACCGAUUCCGGCCAUCACAUGACCAUAAAAGCUUGUACCUUAGCCACAACCAUGGGGCUGAGGUAGUCACAACCGAAAUUUUUUGUUACAGACACCCGAAAAUAACCUCUAAGGCGUUUUAAGCGAUCUUUUUUUUUUUUUUUUUUUUCCAAAUGGGCGGGGGCCGGCUCGCCCCUGUACACCAUCAAUUUUGUAAAGGUUCUUCUUUGUCCCCCUCUAUUUCAAAAUGUCUAGAUCAUGUUUUGCUUCCACCCAAAGAUCUAUUUAGGCCAUCAUUAAGAGUCAUCAUUGGCAUAAUUAGGAUGUCGCUCAUUAUUUAGCAAAAAUUAUGGUUGGUUUGCUGCUAAAUAGGCCUACUUAAUUAACACUCACCUCAAACAACAAUUUGCGUAAAAGUGUCCAUCUCAUAGAGCCUGUGAUUAACAGGUCUUAACUUAACUAUGCUGUAUUUAAAAAUUAUUAUCAUAAGGUGAGGAAUGUCUAUUUUGUGUACAUAUGUUCUUUUAUGUUUGAAAUGAUUCUCUACCAAUAAAAUCCUGGUAGUGUUAAUUUUG